AUGAUGCCAAACAACGGAGACCCAAUGAAACAACUCUUUGACUGGGCAGUAGCAAAUUCCUCACCGGAAUUGUUAAGAAGUCAAGCUGCUCAUCAUCAACAGCAAGGAACAACAGUGUCGUUAACUCCACAACAACGAGAAGUUUUAGAGUACAUUGCAUCACAAAUGAAAAGCAGUGAUCCUUUUACAGUGAUGAAAAAAGCGAAUGAAAUAUUGCAAAAUACCAAUUCAUUUCCACAAAAUGGGGGAACCGAAUACGUGUUUGAACAUUUUCUUUCUCGAUUACAUCCUGAUCCAAGAGCAGAUGACCCAGAAAUUGUUUUAUCUGCACUGCAACUUUUAUGUACAUGCUUACACAAUAAUCCUAUUGUACAAGUGGAGGAUUUAUACCAAGUACGAUUUUUUGCAUAUUUGGAAGAUAAGUUGAAGCACUACGACAAACAAAGCAAGGCGCUUUUGAAAAAACUAGGAACAGCAUUUGUUGCUUUGAGCUCAAACCAGCCCAAAACAUUAGAGAAUUUUGCUCAUCAUCAUGUAAUUGAAUCGAUUACCAACAUUUUGCACUAUGAAAAUGACGAUAACAUCCUUUCCAAAUUUAUGCUUUCACUGUUAAGUUUCAUGUUUGCCGACCAUAAGACGUCAAUUCUUGGAGAAGAAAUAGAGCACUGUUGGACGAAGCAAGAACGAUCUCUAAAGAGUUUUGUUGAAAAAGUAAUUUCUGAUUUCGACAGAAUGGACUUGAUGGAAAAGACAGCCUUGUUCUUAAAGGAAUGUGCAAGAUAUCCAAACACAUCAUACUCCUUUGUUUCAGAAGCUAGAGACAUUCUGGAAAAGAGUAUUGCAUUUAUUAGGACCAAUGCCAGUCAAGAAGAUAAGGAGCAAUUACUUCCUUAUUUCGAAAUUGACAACAAGCUCCAUUAA